AUGGCUCAUGCCUCAAGCGUUCGUCGGGUAAUCAAUCAGCGACCCGACUCGGGGAGACCCCACACCACCGAAACUCGUCGUGGUGCUGCUGCCGCUCAUAUGGUGGCCGAGGAGCCCCAGGCGCCGCGAAACACGACCCUCAAAGAUACGACGCAGGCCGGCGGGAUGCUCGGCCUGGUACCUGGGGCGAACGACGGGGAUCCGGCUAUGAAUGUCCACAAACUGGUCCGUCUCAUCCUGACGGUUAGUAUAAGAGAGAGGGUUAGCCUCACGAUGAUCUCUUUCCCGAUCAGUUCCUGCACGUUAGCAAGGUCUGGUGCCAGCGUUGCUCACCUCAACGAUGUCCUCGAGAGUCACGAUACCGACGGCACCCUGCUGGCGGCCAGGCUUGGUCGACACCAACAGAAUAUGACUGCGGCCGGUUUGGAAGCUGUCGUUAGUCCGGUAGACGAGCAGGUGACUAACUAG